GUGGAGAUCGACCCGGAUUUCGAGCCGCAGAGCCGGCCCCGGUCCUGCACUUGGCCUCUCCCCCACCCCGACUUCGCGGCGGAGGAGGAGGAUGGGGGCGCGGCGGGGGGACCCCCGGCGCUGGCGGCCGGCGGCGGGGAGGGAGCCGAGAACGCGGCGGCCCCGGCGGAGCGCAGACCCGCCGCCGCCCCCCUGCCGCCCCCCGGCGCGGACGUCGGGCAGCUCCGCAAGGCCAAGACCUCCCGGCGGAACGCCUGGGGCAACCUCUCCUAUGCCGACCUCAUCACCAAAGCCAUCGAGAGCUCGCCGGAGAAGCGCCUCACCCUCUCGCAGAUCUACGACUGGAUGGUGCGAUACGUCCCCUACUUUAAGGAUAAAGGAGACAGCAACAGCUCGGCGCUCGGCCGGCUGGAAGAACUCUAUCCGGCACAACCUCUCCCUGCACACCCGCUUCAUCCGUGUGCAGAACGAGGGCACGGGCAAGAGCUCCUGGUGGAUGCUGAACCCUGAGGGCGGCAAGACGGGGAAGACGCCCCGCCGGCGGGCGGUCUCCAUGGACAACAACAGCAAGUUCCUGCGGAUCAAGGGGAAGGCCAGCAAGAAGAAGCAGCUGCAGGUGACGCAGGAGCGCGGGGAGGACAGCCCUUCCUCCCAGCAAGCCAAGUGGUCGGAGAGCCCCACGUCGCAUGCCAGUGAUGAGUACGAUGCCUGGGCUGACUUCAGGACGCGGGCCAACUCCACGGCCAGCACGCUGAGUGGGCGCCUCUCGCCCAUCAUGUCCAACCACGAGCCAGAUGAGCUGGAGGAGGAUGAUGGUACCCCCUCCUCUCCGCUGAUGUACCCCAGCCCCUCCAGCACCAUGUCUCCUUCCCUCAACGCCCGCUGCUCCGUGGAGCUGCCUCGGCUGACUGACCUGACUGGCACCAUCAGCCUGAACGAGAGCCUCGGGGAGAGCAUGCUGGAGGACCUGCAGGACGGCUACACCAUGAGCCCUUCGCAGCAGCUCCCCCCAGCCGCCCUGCGGCAGCGCAGCUCCAGUUUCACCUUCAACUCCAAGUGUUCCACCAUGGGGGCUGCCACCAACACCUACUGCGGGACUAUCUACAGCCAGCCGGCCAUGAGCCUCAUGCGCCGCCUGCCCAUGCAGACCAUCCAGGAGAACAAGCAAGCCACCUUCUCACCUGUCAGCUCCUACAGGAACGCCUCGCUGCAAGACCUGCUUUCCUCCAUCUCCUACGCGCACAAGGAGAGCAUGGUCCCGGGGGACCUGCCCCUGCCGCAGGCCAGCCCCAUGGUGCCGGCCCGUGGCCACAGACACAACCCGCUGCUGUGCGGGAGCGGGGAGCAGGGUUUGUCCUCCUACCCGUCCCACUCGGGCUCUCUCAUGAAGAGCAACGCUUUGUACCACCCGUCACCAGCUGGUCACCACCCUGCGGUCAACACCAGUGCCUUAGCUAAUCCUGUCAGCCUUAUGAGCUUGCCCAGUGACACGUGCAGCAUGACAGCCGUGCCGCACCACGGGCAUCUGCAUUCCUACGCUAAUAACCAAGGGGCACACAUGAGCUUGCUGGAUUCGCUGCAGGGCCCCUACCCAGGGGCUGUCCACCCCCCUGUGUUGGGCCAAGACAGGUUCCCAGCAGACCUGGACCUGGACAUGUUCAACGGGAGCCUGGAGUGCGAUGUGGAGUCCAUCAUCCUGAAUGACUUUAUGGACAGCGACGAGAUGGACUUCAACUUCGACUCAGCUCUCCCGCCGCAGAAUGGGCUCAAUGUGCCCGUGCUGCCCGGGGGUCCACAGCCCACGAACCAGAGCUGGGUGCCCGGGUGACGCCUGCCCCAGGGUGGGGGCUUGCCACUGAGAAGCCACGAGGGGAACAUUGAGACUAACUUUUUUUUUUCCUUUCUCUUCUGCCUUUGUUUGUUAAGAUGGGCUAGAGCCGUCGAUCUGAGCUUGAGAUCGAACACAAAACACAAACUGUAGGGUCAAAUACUGAGAUGGGGUAGGGUCCCCAGCCCGCAGCCCACACAUGUGCCCAAUCCACUGGGUCCUCCUGCGAGCAUCCUCUGGAGGACGCAGGGCAGACGGGCUGGAGAGGCAGACCAAGCCAGGCGGGUCCAGAGGGGGAGCAGGAAGGGAAAACCAUUCCAGAUGGUCCCAGUGCCCCACUGCAAUGGUGCCAGUUUUAUUUGUCCUUGGGCUGGGUGACGGAGCGGUGACAGCUGGUGGCAUGGGAACCACUUGUGUGGGCAUCCCACUCUGGAAAGGGACCCUUUUCUCUGAGUCACCUUGGGAAAUGAGUCUUCUGAGUAGUAGUGUCAGGAGUGGGGACCCUGCCCCAGGUCAAGGGCCGGGGGGGGUCCUCACCCCCAAACCCUGGUGGAGAUAUGAGCUCUGUCAAGCCCACAUGCCCAGGCCACCUCCACAGGGGGUUUCCUGGUGUGGGUCCAGGCAGGUUUUCCUACCAAGCAGGGAGAAGGGGGGGUUGGGAAUGGAGGGAAGGGUGCACAAUCUGCAGCCCUGGUGACAGCAUCUUGGCAGCCCACGUGCUCACUGGGGGCGGGGGGUGCCACGUCAUGCCUGCCCAUAGGAAGGCUGUGGUACCCUGCCCAGAGCAGGCGUGGGCACACUCCUGCAUGUGGUGCACAGCCCUGCACAGGGUGGUCCUGAUGGGUGUGACAUGCUGCUGGCCUGGGUCCCCUGUGCCGGAGGCUCAGGGGGAGCUCACAGGGUCGGGGAGGGGGGGGGCCUGUAUUUAUUUGAUUUCAUGCACUCUUUUGCCAUUGAGUUUUUGCAUUGGAAAGAAGAAAGGGUUGAACUUAGGGAGAGGAGAGAGGCCGUGGGCAAUGCCGACGGCUGUGCCCUACUGCACGUCUCAUCUUGGCUUGGCCAUGGCUUUGGGUGUUGGAUGAUGGGGUGGAAGCUGGGGGGCUGUGAUGUGGGUCACCCUCGAGAAGGGUGUGUGUGCGUGUGAGGAGGGUAGGGAUGUGGUGACCAGGUCUCCAGAGCCAGCAUGGGGUCCACCCAGCCCCAAGCCUGGGUGACCCACGCUGCUCAGGGAGGUGCCACAGGGCUCACAGCUGGGCUGGGGGGCUCCUGGGGGGCCACUGCUGGUUUCAGGAGUGUCUCUAGCUAGCAGGCAGCAUGCCUGUCCUGGAGGGCUUGCUGCCCAUCCCCAGGAUGGUCCAGGCGGCUGUCGGCAAGAGGGGUCAGCCCUAGUGCACCCAUCUGCCAAGGGCCGGUGCUCCGUGGGGCUGGGGACCACAACUCACAGCUGGUGCUGCUGUCUCUGUUGGGAGCCCAGACCAGCCCCACUGCUCUGCGGGGCAGGAGUGGGCUGGGGUCCCACUGCCAUCCUGCCCAGCGGUGGGGGCUCCCUGCAGCAGCUCAGCCUCGGUGCAGUGGGGUUUUUGGAGUUGGGCAGGCUGAUGGGCAGCCGGAGUUGGUUGGUCCCGAGGAGCUGAGGGGGCUGGGAGGAGAGGCUGGGGGAGCUGCUGCUGUGUCUCAGGGGCUCUGCACAGCCUGUCUUCCUCCUGGGCACCACAGGCUUCCUCUGAAUCCUCUACCCCUGGUGCACUGAACCAGCACACUUUCCCAGCCCAGCUCUUCCCUUCCCACACCAGCACCUCCUCUACCAGGGUGCAGGUGCUGGGUCCCACCGAGCCAUAGGGGAAGUGUGGCCGCUCGGAGCUGGGUCAGGAUGGGACCCAUGCGGGGGCAUCUCCUGCUCCCCUCCUGGCCCACGAGUCUGUGGCAAAGCGUGAUAGAGGAGCCCCAUGUGCCACCCUUCACCUUCGCCCUGGGCACAUGGUGGGCAUAGUCUCUAAAGACAUUCUUACAAGUUAAUUAAUUAUGUUUACAUUAUUUGAUCAUGUACAGAAUUUAAUAUAUUCUAUUAUAUAUAAUCUUUCUUGAAUGCUUUUUUAAAAAGGAUUAUUCUUUGGUCGGGAUCAUUACUGCAUUCGUUUUAUACACCACCUCUCGUUUCAGGCAUAUUUAAAAUCGUUGGAAACCGAUUGCAAAUGGCUAUUUAAUACCCAGCACCCCAGCUCCGCACACGGGGUGUGAAGGACUGCUCGCAAGGAGAGGCAGGGAGGGCAGCUGGGGCUGCCCUGGAAGAGAAGGGGGGCCCUGCCCCCCAAGCAUGGGAGAAAGGGAAGGAGUCCUGGCUCUUCCAGGCGUCCGACCUGCAGGCACACAUCCAGCAGCACACCAGCAUGCCGGGCAGCAUGGGCCAGCUGGGGCUUACCCUGGCAGCCGGGCAUUUCCAGAUGGGAUGCUUGGGCACAGGGACCCGCAAAAACCCCUUCGGUGUCACAGAUAUGGGCUGACCAUUGUCACAGAGGGGAAGCCGCACCAGCAGUAAGAGAAAAGCCCCCCCUUGUCCCGCGCCUGCCCCGCUUGCCCCUGCCCACCUCCCCCUGCCCCGCUGCGUGGAGCCCCCGGGCAUCCACCCCUGGGGCACGUCCCCUUGCGAAGCUGUCUUUGUGGUUCGUGACCGUGGGGUUGUCGUGUGUGCGGUGGAGUCGUGUUGGUAAGCGUCGUGUGUACAGUCGUCGUGCGGUGCAAGGGACGGCGGGCAGCGGGAGGCAGGCACGGAGACACCACACACCCCCCCCCCCCCCAGUGGCUGGGACCCCGGGGAAGGGGGGUGGUUGGAGCAGGAGGCAAGACGGGCUGGCCCCGCCGCGGCAGAGGGGGAUGGAGCCAAGGGCCCCGGGGGUACCCGGACUGCGGUGAGGUGGUGGUGGUGGCACAGGGAUGUUGGGGCUGUGCUUCUUGCCCGUGGGGCAGGCAGGUCCUGGGGGUGGCCAGCAUGGCUGUGCCCCCUGCGGCUCCUGCUGCCCUGCUGCUGGCCCCACUGCGAGCAUGGGGAAGGAGAAGCCAGGGCUUCAUUUCACUGUCCGGUGGUGGCUCCAGGUUCCCCCUCUGGAAACAUCUCCCUGAGCACAGGCCACCUCACGUCCCACCUCGCUCAGCUUCAGCCUCCCCGCUCCCAUCACCUCCUCUCCCUCCUGGCCCUCCCCGCCUCACAGGACAGCCUCUGGGGACAAGGAGCAUCCUCCGCUCCCAGCCCUGCUCCCACCCAGACCCAGCCCUGCCCGGAGCAAAGACCCGGUGUCAAGGGGACACUGGAGGGGCCCCACCGGUUUGCUUCAUACGGCGGUUUUUGGUCCGUCCUUUCCCUCAUAUUUAUAACUGUACAGACUGGGGGGGAGGGUCUCUGACAGGCGUCAUCUCUCACCACGCAUCUAUCGUAGGCAAUGGUAACUUUCUUGAUUGUGCUAUUAGAGUUUGUGUAUGUGGCAAUGUAAAGAACUGUGUAUAGUGCAUUGUACAGCAUAUUUU